CCUCUUCUCUAUUUACUCAUCUAUAUCUUCUAUCCAUCCCUCUCAAACCUCCUCCUAUAUACUACGUAGAAUCCAACACAACACUCACGAAAAUUAAGAAAACACUGCUAUAUUAAUAUCUUCACAACGUAACCUUGAUCUCCACAACAUGGAGAAAUCGAGAGAAGAAAAGCUUAGCCAAGUUUGGGAUUGUGGCAGCACCCUUUAUGAUUCCUACGAGCUCAACUCCUUCAAACGCCAAUUAAACACGGCAAUAGCGAAUUCCCCGAGCAAUAGAAGAACCCUUUCCAUGUCUCAUUUACCCGAACGUUGUCUCUCAUCACUACAAUCACAGCCACAGCCACCCAUGUCCAACAACAACAAGUCUUUCAAGAUCUCUCGAACCUUCCAGAAACUCCUUCGAUUUGUUUUCAAGUCCAGCAACAAAUUAAGGAUUUCUAGCACCCGUAAUACUACUAGUAACAAUAUUAGUACUUUCCAAGUGGCAGAGAAAUAUGCCAAUGACCGUUUAUACGUUGUUUAUGAUAAAUCUGAACCGGUUCUCUCCACAAUUCCCGAACUUCCAGAGUUUGAGGUGGGUGUGCUUUCGCCGGAUAUCACUUCCUUCGUCAGAAAGUCGUCGUCGGAGCGGUUUAUGGCCACCACUGCUAUCGGUAUUUCGUGUGCUUAACACAAUUGCCUCAGUCUUUAGAUGAUGAUAAUUAUUAUUAUUUCACUGUCAUAACGUAGAAAUUAGCGUAUGUGUAUAGUUGGUUUAUGCUUUUGUUAUAAGUUUCAAAUUGGAUGAUUCACGAUGUAAUUGUUUAACUUUUAUUUUACAAGGCAGCGUUGAAUCCUGGGAUCGCGUACAACUUGGACGUUUAUGUGAAUUAUCAUUAUUAUUAAUAAAAGCGAAAAAGAUUUAUAAGCGUA